AUGUCUUCUUGUAGCAGAACGAUCCCUGGACUGGAUGCUUCUGGGGAAGAGAAUUUUGAUGGAUUCGGCGAUAUCGGAGAUAUCGAUGCAACGGAAUCACUACUGGACAUUGGGAUGGAAACAGAGGAAGAAGAGUUGGGGGAAAAAUCACCCAAUGAAGAGGAUGGUGAACAGAACGGUAGUGCUGAACAUGUAGUGUUUGGUCGUGCACAGAUAUUGGAGAUGGAGUUUGCAAAGCCGGAUGAGGCGUGUCGUUUUUAUGAGCAAUAUAGUCGAGCAAAGGGUUUUGCGAUGCGUCAAGGAAAGAAACUAAAGAAUAGGAAGGGUGAAAUCGUGCGAUACACGUAUUUGUGCAACAGAGAAGGAUUCAGAGAUAGAAAAUGGCUUGAGAUGCAGGAUCGAAAGAGGGAGCACAAGGUUGUUACUCGAUGUGGAUGUCAGGCAGAGAUGAGGAUAAAGCAAAAAGCCGAAAGCAACAAUUGGUAUGUGUCUCGUUUUGUUGAUGAGCAUAACCACGACCUUCGUUAG